UUUCCCUCGUACAGUACUGUACGUGUCACUUGAGGUGUAGGCCCAUUUUGAUUAUCCUGUUUCAAUGAAAAUCAUGCGCAUUUGAUGGAAAAGAAAAAGAUUAUAGACUGAGAUUACUGGACCAAAAAAAGAAAAAAACACGUGGACUUUGUCUCGGUUUUGGACUUUGUGCUCCAGGAGGCUUUAGAAAGCAGACAGGAGUUGUAAAUGCGGCAUUGAGUGCGCACAUUGGAGUCAUGGGCUUGUGGAGUGCACUGAGCGCGCUGCUCUUCAUCGCAAACUGCGUGUACAGCCAAACCAGCAUAAGAUGGUGUGCAAUUUCACUACAGGAGGAGGCCAAGUGCAAUGCCAUGGCAAUAGCUUUCAGCAGCGCCGCUAUCCGGCCUGCGCUGCGCUGCGUACGCACCAACUCUCUCACCGAGUGUGCACAAAAACUCAUGAUAAAUGAAGUUGAUGCAUUUUCUACCAGUGCCAAAGACAUCUAUGAGAUUGGGAAGCAAGCCACAUUCAAAAUUGCUGCAGGAGAAUCCACUUCUGAAGGUGAAGGAACGACAUAUUACGCAGUCGCCGUGGUGAAGAAGACAAAUUCACACAUUAACAUCAAUAACUUAAAGGGGAAGAAGUCAUGCCACACUGGGAUCGGGCGUACCGUCGGGUGGAACAUGCCCAUCGGCUAUUUAAUUGAUAGUGGAAGGAUGUCUGUUAUGGCCUGUAACACGCCGCAAGGGGUUGCAGAAUUCUUCAACGCUAGCUGCAUUCCUGGAGCAAUAGGCCAGGCUCCUUCUCUGUGCCAGCUUUGUGCCGGUGAUGGAUCUGGAGCUCAUAAGUGUGAGGCCAGCGACAAGGAGAAAUACUACUCCUAUAAUGGAGCCUUCAGGUGCCUUGUUGAGAAUGCAGGAGAAGUAGCUUUUGUAAAGCACACCACAGUUGGUGACAACACUGAUGGAAAAGGGGACACAUGGGCACAGGGUCUUAAGGCUGCAGACUUCCAGCUGCUCUGCCCAGACGGAUCCCGAAGUCCUGCCUCCGAAUACAGGAGAUGCAAUCUGGCCCGAGUGCCAUCAAGAGGCAUUGUGGUCCACACUGAUGUAGACAGCUCUGUGAUAUACAACAUGCUUCGAGAGGGGCUGCAAAAAUCUGGCUUUUCCAUUUUCUCCUCGAUGGCCUUCAAUGGUGAAAACCUGUUGUUCAGUGACAGCUCUACAAAGUUUAUCCCUGCUGGAAGAGAAGAAUACAUUGAAUGGAUGGGACAAAAAUACUAUAACAUUUUGAAAGCUAUGGAUUGCUCCACUAAUGAUGUUCCAGAGAUCCUAACCUGGUGUGUGCUGUCUUUUGGUGAGCAGCAGAAAUGCGAAGACAUGGCUCUAGCCUUCCAAAAAAAAGGACUCUCACCUAAAAUCCAGUGUUUGUAUGGAUCAUCUGUGGAUGAUUGCAUGGAGAAAAUCCAGAACAAAAAGGCAGAUGCCAUCACUCUUGAUGGAGGUUAUGUCUAUACUGCAGGAAAAACAUAUGGCCUGGUGCCUGCUGCAGGAGAAAGCUACACAGGGGACAGUGAUGGCAGCAUCUAUUACGCUGUGGCUGUCGUAAGCAGAAGCAACAGAGAGAUUCAGAGAAUCAGUGAUCUGAGGGGACGGACCUCUUGUCACACAGGCUAUGGCAGGACUGCAGGUUGGAACAUUCCAGUAGGCUUGCUCCUUGAGAAGGGCCUUAUCAGACCACAGAAAUGCCAAUUUGCCCAAGCUGUUGGAGAGUUCUUUAAAUCCAGCUGUGUGCCUGGUGCCAAUGAGCCUGGAUUUCCCAGCAACCUCUGCUCACAGUGUAUAGGAGACGCCAGUGGCCAGAACAAGUGUGUUAAAGGCCAGGAUCUGUUUGAUGGUUACAAUGGGGCCUUCAGGUGUCUGGUUCAGAGAGCAGGAGAGGUUGCAUUUGUCAAACAUUCUACAGUUUUCCAGAAUACUAAUGGCAAUGGAACAGACCCUUGGACCCUCAACUUGAACUCAAGAGAUUUUCAACUGCUGUGUUCUCACGAGUCUCGAGCUGAAGUCACCCAGUAUAAGCAAUGUAACCUUGCCCGUGUUCCCUCUCAUGCUGUAAUGGUACGGCCCGACACCAACCCUCACAUCAUCUUUGGCGUUUUGGACAAAGCUCAGCAAUUCUUUGGGGUUGGCACUAACUCCGACUUCAAGAUGUUUGACUCCAGUCGAUAUGAAGGAUCAGACCUGAUCUUUAAGGACUCUACAGUAAACAUAAUUGGUGUGGCAGAGAAAAAGACCUAUGAAGAUUGGCUUGGCAAAAGCUACAUGGAUGCCCUCUUAGCCAUGGAGUGCUCUGACUCUUCAGCAGUGAUAUCUUCAGUCCCUGUACUAAUGAUGAUCAGCUUGGCUGUGAUCUUCUCCCUUUUUGCUGUGUAGCAGAUGCACCAGCUACUUAAGGCUUCCUCAGUGAUUUCUCCUGAUCAUAUAUUUACAUUUAUGCAAGUCUACUGCUGCUGUAAGCUGUGUCCACCAAUGAUUUAAACAUAGAUUGGGCAUACAGUCUUAUGUAUUAUUUUUUUUGGCUAUUAUCAAAACCAAAUUGCAAAAAUCAGGGUUAGGGUUAAAUGUAUAAUUUCUUAAUGAUAGUUGUACUGUACAUGUUUAAUUAGCACACCCUUUCCUUUUUCUUUAGCAGGCUUUUAUCCAGACUUUUCUCUGUUUACUUUUCAUCCAGACUAGUUUGGCAUUCUUCUGGUAGCAUUGGGUUCGGACAUUAGCAUAGAACUUGAACUUCUGAGCCAUCACUGUUUACUUGGUUUAGUUGAUCAUUACAGUGAGGAAACGCUGUAAUAGUGACACAAUACAUUCAGUGUGAUUCACAGUUAAAGUUAAAGCUCUAUAAUGAUUUUACGAGACUAGAGUCCCCAUACUUCAGUUGCGUUUUCUCUGCCUUGUCUUGACAGCAUGUAUUUGUUGAAUUUGUAUCACUGCACACACUUUUGCAGUAGUGUUCAGAUACCUGAGGGCAACAGCCAUAUCAGUGUAUAUGCAUUGCCUGUUACAUAUUUAUUGACAUAUCAAGUGUUCUGUGAAUAUCCCUUUUUUUAAUGAUGUACUUGAAGGCACAUGCUGUUUUAGAGAAUAUGCACAUUCUAACUGAAGUUUCUUUUAUGUCACUGAGUAUACACUGGUUUAUCACGCCUGAGUUCUUUUUUCUUUUUUUCCUUGUAUUUCUAUCAGUGAGAAAAGUGUCAAGAUUAUAUAUUCUUCUUGCUGUUUGAUAAUCUGUAUUCAGAAUCAUAUUCUCAAAAGCAUCUACAUGUUAACUCUAUACAUUUGUUAGCAAUAUGCACCCGAAUAAAACAACAUCUAUUGUAAUUAUAGGUUUUGCUGCAUGACUGUGCGUUGUUAUUGUUUUAUAAAUUAGCACCUUUUCUUCUUUUGUGUUUUUCUUUUCUAAUAGUGCACUUAGUACAGUAUUCGACAAUUUUGGCUCGAUAAGCAUACUAUUCAAAUUUCUCUACUGAAUAUGCUUUGUAUACCUGCACUUUUUUCACCAAUGCAAUUUGUUUAAUUUUCACUAAGAAUGUAUUUUUAUACAAUGUUCAGAUACCAGUGUAUAUGUCAGUGUAUAUGUACUGACACACUGAUUUCUAGCUUUACUGGAUUGCAGUUUCUUCAAUGAAAUGAUUAAGAUGUAACUAAUAUUUAGUUGCCAGGCCAGUGAGUCUGCUAAAGUAUUAUUACAUGUUGCCCAAUAGGGUUCUUUGCUGUUCUUUUCAAUAAACAUGCAUAGCAAA